GCCAUUGCUACCCUAUCAGCAGCCAUUUGAAGCUCGAGCUAUCUCCGAGGAUCAGUCCUGAGAAGGGAGAUACCACUGCGAGAGAUGGCUGGUAUUUUCCAACCUUCUAUCUAGCUUUCUUCUUCAGCUCCCUCUUCUACUUGCUUAAUUGAUGUUUGUUGCCCUGUAAUACCAUCAAUUUAGCUCAAUUGAUUCCUAGAAUGCAGCUCCUCCUUGCUCUACCCGUUCUUUCCUUGGUUACCGGAACUGAGGCUGCUGAGACCAUUCUUGGGGCCUACAUCUUCCAUCGUCAUGGCGACCGCACUCCCAAGUCGCUGCCACCAGCAAAAUUGACUUCUCUGGGCUACGACCAGGUCUACUCUGCGGGCCAGUACUACCGCUCCCGCUACCUCACUGGACCUUCUAAGAUCCGCGGUAUUGACCCUGAUGUUGUCAAGCUCUCUCAACUCUCUGUUACUUCCCCUGUCGACAAUGUCCUCCAAAACUCAGCCAUGGGCUUCUUGCAGGGUUUGUAUCCGCCGGUGGGCGAGACUAUGGCCAAGCAGCCGCUGAGGAAUGGCAGUGAUGUCCAGGCGCCGAUGAACGGAUACCAAUUGAUCCCAGUGAACAUUGUUUCGUCCGGUACUGGUAGCGAGGACAAUGGCUGGCUACAAGAUGCUACUGGCUGUCAGAACGCGAAGUUAAGCUCUAAUGGCUACUUCAGCAGCGCCGAGUACAACCGCCUCUUGUCGGGCACUAAGGACUUCUACGGGCGGCUGGUUCCAGUGGUCAAUGGCACGUUCGACGAGAGCGAUGUCACUUUCAAGAACGCUUAUGUUGUCUACGACCUCAUCAAUGUCGCUGAGAUCCACAACACCACUAUCCCUUCUUCCGAUGUCCUCACUAAUUCAACCCUCUUCCAAACCCGCACUCUUGCCGAUGCCCACGAAUGGGGCCUUGCCUACAACGCUUCAAGCAACAUGCGCGCCAUCUCCGGCAUGCAACUUGCGGGCGAGAUUCUUAAGUAUAUAAACAGCACUAUUGUAUCCGGCACUGCCAAAUCUAGCGCCAACAAGCUCGGCAUCCAGUUCGGCGCCUACGCUUCUUUCCUGUCCUUUUUCGGAUUAGCCGAUCUGCCAAAAGCGAGCCCGGAUUUCAUGGGCGUACCAGACUAUGCGAGCUCCAUGGUAUUAGAGCUCUUCACCAACGUAGAUGUGCCUAGCGGAAGUUUCCCUAGCAUGAACGACCUUCAAGUGCGCUUCCUCUUCCACAAUGGCACCGCUUCGAACUCGAGCGAGCCUGUGGCUUACCCCCUUUUCGGCGGCAGAAAUGACGCCCUCUCCUGGAACGACUUCUCGAGCGAGUUGAGCAAGUUUGCUGUUCGCACGACGGAAGAUUGGUGCCAUAAGUGCGGGAAUACGACUGGAACAUGCGCACCGUAUGCACCUGCCAACAACAGCCCUCCCGCCAAUUCGAACAGUAGUAGUGGAGGACCCCACAUGUCUGCUUCCAUUGGAGGCGUUAUCGGCGCCUUUGUUACCCUGGCGUUUAUUCUGGGGACGUUGGCUGCAGUUAUGUUGUUGGGUGGACUGAGGCUCGUGACUAAGAAGGCGCUUGCUGGUCGCUCUACCUCGACUUCGGAGAUCUCGAUGCAGAAGGCGUAGAUUGCGGAGGGACGAUGUAACCUACGGUAUAAAGAGAGAAGGAGAGGGCGUUUGGAAGGAAACGAACAGGUUAAUGGUAUACGAAAUAGAUUAUUGGAAGAUGCUGAGCUCUCGCUCAAUGAUGGGCGAGGUGGCGAGUGAUGGCAUACGGACGGGCAUGGAAUUGAAAGAUGUA